UAAAGCAAACCGAAAACAAGACACAAAGUUCCGCCAAAUCUUACCAAACUAACACCCAAAACCCAUAAACAAUUCAUUCAAGAUUCCUCCAACACAACAAGCAAAGAAUCAUCACCUCAUCACACUCACACCUCAAACCCUUUUUUCAAGAACCAUCACUCUCAUCCCUCAUUCACUAAACUCCCACUUUCAACAAUGACUCUUUCCUUACCCAUCCUAUUACUCUCUCUCCAUCUACUCCCCUUCUUAGCCCACACCUCCAACCUCACCAACACCUGCAGAUCCUUCUGCGGCAACCUCACCAUCGACUACCCUUUCGCGGUCCAGCCGGGCUGCGGCCACCCCGGCUUCCGGGACCUCCUCUUCUGCAUAAACGACGUCGCCAUGCUCCACAUCACCUCGGGCUCGUACCGCGUCCUCGACAUCGACUACGCCUACGGGUCCCUCGUCCUGCACGACCCCCACAUGUCGACGUGCGACUCGAUCGUGCUGGGUCGCCGCGGAAACGGCUUCGCAGUCGAGCCCUGGCGGGCCCCGCACCUCAGCCCGAGCCCGGACAACGUGUUCAUGCUGCUCGGCUGCUCAUCCGAAUCGCCCCUCUUCCAAGGCUUCCCGGGAAAGCACAUGCCAUGCAGAAAUGUUUCGGGCCUUGGGUGCGACGAGUACUACAACUGCCCGGCCUGGGACAUAAUUAGUCCGAGACGGGCUGGGCCGGUAUAUGGGUCCGGGCCUCCCGACUGCUGCUCGAUGCCGUAUGAGAGUGUGAAGAGUGUGAACCUUUCCAGGCUGGACUGCCAGGGAUACAGCAGUGCUUACAGCGUGGCGCCGUUGAAAGUGAGCGGGCCGGGCCAGUGGGCUUACGGGAUUCAAGUUCGGUAUUCUGUUCAAGGGAGUGAGGUGCUGUGCCGGGCCUGUGAAGCUACUGGUGGAUCGUGUGGUUAUGAUGUUGAUAAACACAUUGAUUUGUGCAUGUGUGGGAGCUGGAAUUCUACUUCCACUUGUGAUUCAGAUGCAGGGCAGUCUGAAGGUGCAGCUUUUAGAAGAAAAUGGAGUUUGUGGGUUGGAAUAGCAGGACUAUUUAUCAGCAAUUAUUUGGUGGAAUCCCAACUAAUUUCGAUGAAAUGAAGCAAAUAAAUUUGUUCCUCUCUGAUUUUGGUCCACAAUUUGUCUUCUAUGUGAGAAAGGAUAAAAGUAAAAAUGUGAGCGUUUUGAGUGUUCAGAAUUUGAAAAAGAAAAUACUACUUACUACUCAAUUUAUUUGUAAA